UUGUGUUGGACUGAUGUCUGUUUGUGAGGCUUGUGUAUUCUGCUGGUAUAAAAUAAAGUGUAGGAAAAAAACUGGCAGACCUCGCGCCGGGAAGUGCCAGCUUCCGGUUCCUGUGAAGAAACCCGCUCUACUCCAACACAUCAUAAUGCCUAAAUCAAAGGAAGUGCUCUCCUCCACAUCUGGAAGUGACUCCGACAGUGAAGUGGAGACCAAGGCAAAGAGAAAGAAGCCAAGUGUACAGGAGAAACCAGCCAUGAAACCAAAGAGCGGAGAGAGCUCCAAGCCUGGGGGAUCAUCCAAGGCCAGUAAUGGUGACGACAACAUGUUCCAGAUUGGAAAGAUGAGAUAUGUCAGCGUGAGGGACUUCAAAGGUAAAGUCCUGAUUGAUGUCAGAGAGUACUGGAUGAACCAAGAUGGAGAAAUGAAGCCGGGGAAGAAAGGCAUCUCCCUGAAUCCUGAACAAUGGAACCAGCUGAAGGACCAGAUUUCAGAUAUUGAUGAUGCCAUUAAGAGAAUAUAAGCAUUCCUGUCAGUGUUAUCUGAUGUGUUUUGUAAUGAGCCUGAGGAUGUUUUCUAAUGGACUUGUUUAAUUAGUAGUUGUGUAGAUCCAGUGUUGUCGGCAUACUCCUGUUUCUGUGUGACACUUGUUUUUGAGCUGUUGUAGUGAAGUUAUUGGUGGAUGAGAAGGUGGUUUAUCAUUAAAGUUGCUGACUUGGGUUCGUCAAUACAGCACAGUUUUUAUAUAAAUUAAUACAAACAAGGCACUCACCUUAUAUUGUUAAAAUGUAAGUUCAUGUUCACAGUUUUAAUAAAUCAUAAGACUUGGCUUCUUUUGAUCUUUGUAAUAUUGUGUGUAAUAUACUUAAAGUUCUGAAAGCCAGGCCCUGCUUGUCAUACUGUACGUGCAUAAUUAGUUUCAUGGUUCAGGUUUGAAAAUAAAAGAUGCUAUGAAACAA